AUGCCUAAUGCAAGCAAGGCACUGGAAGGUGACAUCAGAAUGGAGAAGUCCAUCCGCUGGCCGGCCCCGCUCUUCACCCCGCUGAGGGCACCCUCUCUCCGCUGCUCCGUGGCUCUCCAUCGCCCCGGGCGCUACCGCGGACGUCUCCGCCGCCACCCGCGGCACAGCAGCUCGUGCGGGGCCGAGGCCCUGGCCAGCCCCGGGGAUUCUCCGUCUCUGCCCAGGCUCUGCAGUCUGCGCCUGAAGAAACUCACGGUGCUGAAAGAGCUGGACAAAGAGCUGAGCUCUGUGCUUAUCGCUGUGAAGAUUCAGGGUUCAAAGCGAGUCCUGAGGUCAAAUGAAUACGUCCUCCCGCCUGGGGGCCUGAUGGAGACUGAGCUGGAGCUGACCUUCUCACUGCAGUACCCACACUUCCUCAAGAGAGAUGGCAACAAACUACAGAUCAUGCUGCAGCGGAGGAAGAGAUACAAGAACCGCACCAUCCUGGGCUACAAGACCCUGGCAGUGGGAAUCAUUAACAUGGCUGAGGUAAUGCAGCACCCGACAGAUGGUGGUCAGCUCCUGGGCCUCCACAGCAACAUGAAGGAUGUGAACAUUCGAGUGGCUGAAAUCAGCAUCUACUCUCUGUCCAGUCAGCCCAUCGACCAUGAGGACGGGAACGUCCCCUCAGGUCCUAAAAUCAAAGCAUCAGAUCGCUCCCCAGACAUUGAUAACGACUCUGAAGAUGAUGAUGACAGCUUCUCCUCAGAGCAGGAAGCCAGUGAUGAUGCUGUGCAGGGUCAGGAUCUAUUUGAUGAAGAGGAUGAGUUGAGGAAAACCAAGAAGGCCAGGAGGAAAAUGAGCCGAACCACAUCAAUGGCCAGACAACCAAACUUCAAGCAGAAAUUUGUGGCUUUGCUGAAGAGGUUCAAAGUGACAGAAGAGGUCCUGGACUCUGACCCUGUAGACCAGACCCAGGAGGUGGAAGAAGACCUGGGCUUGCUCUAUGACAGCCUGGAAGAGUGCAACAACAGUGACAGUGGCCCAGAGAUGGAGGACAAUGAGAGUGUGCACAGCACACCCAAGCCCACCCUAAGGCGUUUCUUUGAGGGAGUCUCUCAUUCUGGUUCCCAGACUGAGAUCGGCAGUUUGCACAGCCAGAAAGGGCAGGAUCAAGAGUCGGGCAGCCCUGGCGAGGCAGACAAUCGGAAGCCAGGAGCACAGCGAACACAGGAAGAGCCAGGAACGGAGGUCCCUGCAGCGGAGCUGGCAGCAGAGGAGUCGUGUUCCCGGCUGGCCCCGACAGAAGCUGCCAUGAGGGAGAGCAGCAUGGACAGACUGGCCCAGCUGGGUGCUGGGACCAAAGCCGAGCUCCCCAGUGCCGUAUCCCCCAGCAAGGCAGAGAGCAAGCAGUUGUGGCGUCCCCGCAGCACCUCCGUGAAGGACCGGCAGAGCUCAAAGGGACAGGGUGGCCGUGCCAGCAGCCUGGACAGUGAGAGCUCUCCAGACUCAUGGCAUAGCACCCAGGUGCCUCGAAAGUCUGUUUACGAUCAGCUGAACCAGAUCCUGGUCUCAGAUGAGCAGCUCCCCGAGAGCAUUGUGCUGGUGAAUGUUGCUGAGUGGCAGGGGCAGUACGUCAGCGAGCAGCUCCAGGCGCACAAGCAGUUGGUUGUAUCCACCUGCUCCGUGGCAGACAUCCAGGCAGCCUUCAACACCACUGUCUCCCGCAUCCAGCGAUACUGUAACUGUAACUCCCAUAUGCCUCCCCCGGUGAAGGUGGUGGUGGCAGGGGACCAGAGCUACCUGAGUGUUGUCCUCCGUUUCUUUGUGGAGCAACUGGCCAGCAAGACACCUGACUGGCUCAACUACCUUCGCUUCCUGCUUGUACCACUGGGCUCUCACCCUCUGGCCAAGUACCUAGCCUCAGUGGAUAACAAAUACAGCACUCUCUUCCUGGACUCAGCAUGGCGGGAGCUGUUCAGCAGGGCUGAGCCACCCACCGCAGACACUGUGGACAUAGCAGGCCGUGUUGCCCAGUUCAUCGCUGGAGCCAGCCUCUCUCACCAGCUCCCCAUCUCUGAGGCCAUGCUGACCUACAAGCAGAAGAGGAAGAGAAGUCUCUAUUUUGAUUUUUAUAUCAGCCCCGAUGAGGACUCCUGCCAGAAGUUUGUCCCCUUUGUGGGGGUGGUAAAGGUGGGCCUGGUGGAGCAGUCUUUCAGUGCCUCCGUGGACUCGGAUGAUGCCACAGUCUGCACCCCCUCCCUGCUGAGCUCAGCACCAGCCUCCAGUGCAGCUGUUCCCUAUGGCAAGGAGACUGUGAGCACCCCGCCACCCUCUCCGUCCGUCAGCAGCGGCCUCUCGGGUGCUGGGUCUCUGAGCCCUGGUGUGGAGGUGAUGGGCCUGCAGGUGGACUACUGGACAACACAAGGGCUGGACAGGAAAAAGGAGGGUGAGAAGCGGGAGACGGGUAUCAAGAACACUCUCAAGAGCAACUUCCGCUCACUCCAGGUCAGCCGCAUCCCCAGCACGGGGGAGCUGGUGCCCCCCAGCACCAUGGCCAUGACCGUGGUCACCAAGGAGAAAAACAAGAAAGUGAUGUUCCUGAGCAAGAAACCAAAAGAAAAAGACUUGGAACCCAAAAGCCAAGUCAUUGAAGGGAUCACACGCCUCAUCUGCACAGCCAAGCACCAGAACACGAUGUUGCGAGUCUCCAUAGAUGGGGUGGAGUGGAACGAUGUGAAGUUUUUCCAGCUGGCAGCACAGUGGCCAACACACGUCAAGUAUCUCCCUGUGGGCAUCUUCGGCUACUCAAAGAACCAGUCCCUGCCUGCUCAGUGGGGGGGGAUACCACACCUGCAUUCUGUGGGCCAAGACCCGUGAAGGUGAGGCCAGUGAGACCGGGUCCAUGCACCCUCCAACACCAGCCAGGACACCAUGCCAUCUGCCUCCUGUGUCCCCCAACAGCAGCCUGGGACAAGGGUUGGCACCAGCAGAGCCCCAGGAAGGGCUCUGGGCCCCACUCUCCGCAGAUGCACCUGCCAGGCCAGCCCUGUAGCCAGCCAGGGUCCCAGCUGGGCUGGGCCCAGGCAGGUUCCCCAGUGCUGCAGCCAGCCAGAUUGCUCUGUGCAGGGGGCAGGUGCUGAGCAGGGCCCACCACCCCUGUACCACCCUUGCCAGCCCCACUGCCAGCCUUGCACUACUGUGCUGGCCCUGCCCUCCACAGCACAGCCUCAGCAGUUUUUUCAGUAC